AUGGCAAUAUUUACUUCCGAUGAAGGCGAAGGCGGUACGACUGCUGAACGUGUUGCAGUUGUUGGCAUCAUCUGCUUCUCGUUCUCGUGGAUUCCGGUCUUCAUCAUCUGGAAACUCAUUUCGAUCCACCGGAGACGCAACAGAAGCCUUGAUCAGGAGAUAGAGGCCGGCAAUAUGCCUUUCCAGACAAAUCCGUCAAAGCCCACCAGGGGCUCCUGGCGGCCUCCUCGGCCGGAUCCACACAGCAUAGAAAUGACCAAAUUCCCACAGGAACCGCUUUCAACUGUUUCGAGAAGUGAUAGUCUUCAAAAGGAGUACCAUGGGAAGCGAAGGCCAAUGCCAACUCAAACCACCGAUCCCAGGAUAAGAAAGCUUCCCGAUAUUGACGAUGCUGCAAUUGAGGAGCAAGCAAACAAGGCCCUGCGCAGGAUCGAGGUCACCCAGAUAACAAGAAUGGACUCGGGAAACGCAAAAUGA